AUGAACAUUCUGAAAACACUAUUCAAGGCUAAAAAGGACAUCAAGCUCCUCUGGCUGAGUGUUUUCCUCCGCUUGAUGGCCUAUGGCGCCAGUAAUAUCGUGUUGACACUAUACCUCAAGUCACUCGGGAUCUCCGAAUCUUUAAUUGGUGUAUUCAUGACGUUGACCUUGGUUGGUGACACUGGGCUCUCGUAUUUGUUAACAUGGUAUGCAGAUGGGCUAGGGAGAAGAUAUGUGAUGAUUGCUGGAUCGUUCUUGAUGAUUAUAUCUGGGUUGAUCUUUGCAAAUUUUGAUGAUUUUACCGUCUUGUUAAUUGCGGCGAUAUUCGGUGUUGUAUCUCCAAGUGGUGACGAAGUUGGACCUUUUAAAAGCAUUGAAGAGAGUACAAUGGCACAUUUGACAGCGCAUAAAGAUAGACCUGAUGUUUAUGCCCUCCAUUGGCUUUUGGGGACUUGUGGAAGUGCAAUGGGGUCUUUAAUCACUGGGUUAUUGGUUACGAAAUUUUUAGAUAUGGGAUUUACUAAUGUUGAAGCUUAUCGUGGCAUUUUCUAUAUCUAUGCCAUGAUUGGGUUGUUUAAAUUGGUGCUGAUGUUGUUUCUAAGUGAUAAUUGUGAAUUGAAUGGUGCAAGUUUGAUUAAACAUAGAAGUAAUGAAGAGGCUCCAUUAUUGACAAAUGAAAUGGAUGGUGAUGAUGAAGAAAAUGAACCACCUGUCGCUUCAUCAUUAUCUAAGGAUACUAUCUCAAUCUUGGUUAGAUUAUUGUCUGUUUUCAUGUUGGAUUCAUUUGGUUCAGGAUUUAUGACAAGUGCAUGGGUUGUUUAUUAUUACAAGACUCAUUUCUUGAUUACAUCAACUACAUUGGGUAUAUUGUUCUUUUUAACAAACAUUGUUAAUUCAAUUUCAGCAUUACCUUCUUCAGUAUUGGCUAAGAAGUUAGGACCAAUAAAGGCAACUUUGGCUGUUCAAAUACCAAGUGCUGUCUUUUUAGUUAUAACUCCAUUUAUGAAGCAAUUUUUGGGUGCUGCUUGUUUUACAAUCUUGUUUUAUUCAACAAGUGCAAUGGAUGUUGUUCCAAGACAGGUGCUAUUAACUGGAUUAAUCAGACCUGAGGAAUUGACUAGAUGCAUGGGGAUUGUGAAUAUUGGGAAAACAUUUGCAAGAUGUGUUGGACCAAUUGUGACUGGUAAACUAGCUACUCAUGGAUACCUUUGGGUUUCAUUUAUUAUCAGUGGUGCUCUGAUCUUUAGUGCUGAUUGUUUGUUGGCUGUUUUGUUUUAUGGUACUGAUAGAAAGAUACUGGAGACACAUUCUUGA